CCAGGUCCCAGAGCCCAAUAAAUUUUUAACAGCUGAAAAUUUUUAAUUCACCUCAAUGCUCAAUAGUGUCAAAAAUUUUACACGGUGUUAACUAUUUAACGCAAUUCACACACGGCCUUAAAAAAUCUCUGAGCGCUGAGAGAUCUCCCUUGGUGGGACGCACCUAUUGAUCCACUGACAUCACUGACAUUUGGUUAUCAGUGAAUUUUUGUUCAAAGACAUCUAUAGAGCACCACAUCAACAUAAACUAUUUGAAACGAAAUGAUUAAACUACGGAACAUCGGUAGCCUCGUCAGCAUUUCGGGACGUGGGAUUUCCACAUCAUCCCAGCAUUUGGCAGAUGCUGACUCUUGGCUUAGUAAGUUACUGGUUCGCAGAAUUGAACCAACUAAGGAACCCCACAGUCGCAUGUUAAGUGAUAAAGAAAUUAUUUACGCAUUGCAUACGCACAAUGUCAGGACCGAUUCUAUGAAAAGCUAUAUUGACAACUAUAAAACAACCGUACAACUGGUUCACUCGAAGAAAGAAGAUCUCAACUGUUCGUUGGUUGCAUCGUGGACUGUGCAAGUAGGCGAUAUGGACCAAUGUUUGCAUUUAUGGAAAUAUACUGGAGGUUUCGAGAAAAUUGAUCAAGCAAAGGAAAAUUUGUGGAAUGAUCCGGAGUACUUACGGUUGAUGAAUGAACGUGGAAAAUUUUUAAGGUCCCGUCAUUUGCAGUAUUUGUUGGCAUUCAGUUACUGGCCACAAAUCAUGAAUCGAACUGGAAAGAACAUUUACGAAAUGCGUUCCUACCGCCUUAAACCAGGCACAAUGAUUGAGUGGGGAAACAACUGGGCACGAGCAAUUAACUAUCGUCAAAAUAAUAAUGAAGCUUUUGCUGGAUUCUUUUCCCAAAUUGGGCGACUUUAUAACGUACAUCAUAUUUGGUGUUAUAAAAAUCUUCAAGAACGAAAGGAAACUCGUGAAUCAGCAUGGCGUUCACCUGGAUGGGAUGAAUGCGUGGCAUAUACUGUCCCAUUAAUCAGAGAGAGUCACUGUCGUGUUUUAACACCAACUGAGUUUUCUCCAACACAAUAAAUAUUUUCCAUGUAAUGUGCAUUUAAAUAAUUGUUUUGAAUACUGUGAAACAAACACAGAUCAAUUUAAAGUUUAAACUGUAAGCACAAAGCAUUGAUUUUGUUCGGCAUAACAUAAAACUCUUAUAUAUUUUUAUUUUUUCCAAACACUUGAAUCCAUAGUUUUUUUUUAAGAACAAAUAUUUUUAAAUAUUUUGUUUGUGUAUGUCAAAGACUUUUUUUUGUUAAAGCUUUGUUCAAGUUAUUUAAAGUUGAUAAUAAUGUGUUAAGUAUAAGAGAAGCAUUUAUAAAAGGAAUUAAAUCUAUAAUUACAAAAAAAUGGUAUUUGUCUAAAAGAUUUGUGACGAAGCUUAAAUGUCGGGAUAUUGGUGAGAAAACAUACAUGAUGUGCACCUAAAGCAGAUGGCGACACAGUUAUGACCGAUGUAAAUUUUUUUACUAAUUGUUUUACUAGAACCUUCAAAAAAUAAAAUGCUCUUAUGAUAAAAGUUAGAAAGCUUUUUAUAGCUUUUAUUAGCAUUUAUGAAAGAAUAAAUUUAAUUUAACUGUAUCAUAAAUUUUAAAAGAAACGAAAAAAAAGUUUUAAAA